GUUUACCAAUCCACGAACAGGGUGAAAACCUUUUAUUUACGUUUUGGUGCACCGUUCUAAUGGCUUUAGGUCAUUAAGAUAUUUUUGCCAAAUUCGUACAAUUGUACGUCGUGAAAACCGUUAGUGAGUCCUAUGGUCCUCCUCGCCCAAAGACUGAGGGAGACCUGCUACUUCUACCCCGCCCUGCAAAAUGAAUAAUCCAGGUCCUGCCCCCAAGUAUGGAAAUUGGUGGCGAGUUCCGGAGCCUGUCCUAAUCAAGAUCUUUCUUCAGUUGCGGGUGCAGGAGGUGCUCAAGUGCAGUUUGGUGUGCAAACGAUGGCAGGAAAUCGCUACCACAGAGUAUCUGUGGCACAAGUUGUUCCUGCGGGACUUUGACGUGCAAUCGGAUGUUGCUAUCAAACCAGGUGCUGAAUCAUGGCGUCAGGAAUACGCUCGUAUAUCAUCAGAUAUUCCAUCAGUCAACACCGAAAUCUUAUAUGGUCAUACAAAUCAGGUGCUCCAUGUUAGCUUCUCAAAUAAUGGAAAAUGGUUUGCAACAUGCUCGAAGGAUGCCAACUGUAUUGUGUGGACAGCAACUCAUCCGGCAACAAAGAAGUACACCUACAACAUGCGCUCGUGGAGCUGGAAAUACACACAAUGGUCCGCCUUCAACAAGUCCGAUACAGCCCUCUUGAUCUCUGGUGUUCAACUGCCAAGCAUAAAUUCAGUAGCUGGGGAGAUUGCAGUGUAUGCAAUCGACGACGAAAAUACAUAUCUGAAAUGUCGAGUUCGAAAUCGGCCCUACGAUGUUUUUGGGACCUGGUUCAGCGAGAAAUAUCUCCUUUCCGGAGACUUGUAUUGGCUUUCAAGUUCUGUUAGUUGUUCGAUAGUUUGGCUCAACAAAGCGGAUCAGGAAAUAUCUUCCGCCACAAAGCCGGUCCUUACGCAAUUGUAUAAAUUCUACAACCCAAAUGGAAGUUCAAUUAGAAGCAUAACUGUCGCCGAUUGUCCUUGGUUUGAUAAUGAAAAGGAAGAAGCAUACGCUGCCGAAGCGAUUGUAGACGAACAAGAAAACGCCGCCGCAAUAAAGAAAGCUCUACAGGAAUUGGCCCAAGCUGAAGGCAAUCCUGACUUUGGUUUGCACGAUGCGCAUAUUCUCUACUACGAUAAGGAACAAAACAUCGUGGGCAACCCUCUACAGGAUCCGAAAUUCAAAGGACUACCUCCAUUAGUAUUCAACAGCGACGACUCAACCGAUAUUGAUUCCGACGCUGAAUACCCAGCAGCCGAAAUGAAAGCACUUCCGCUAACCAUUCGCUACGUUGAUGCUUUCCGUCGAAAAUACGGACGACGAAGAAAAGAAGUCUGUUCGUCUCCAUCGAGAAAAAAAUCCCGAAAAGGCACGGCAAAGAGCUCAUCUCGGGAGAGUAGUCCAAGAGCUGAAGACGUGGGCGAAGGUUCCUCGAAUAGUCAAAGGAACGAAUCAAGUGAAGAGCGUGUUCCCCCGAAUCAUAGCAAAUACUAUGUCGAAUCGUCGUCCGAUGAUGAUGAGGAGUAUCGCAAUCCGAAGUAUCUCAUCUUUACCGCUGGGUAUCUUACGUAUACUCCACAUCAGAUUGCUAUCAAGCGAAUGAAAAAUGUGCAUUUUCCUAAGUUGUUGGAUCCUGGACCGUCGCUUAAGGAGCGCAUUGAGAAGCGAAGAAUGGAGCAGCGAGAGAGGAGAAUGCGUGUAGAAGUCGAAACGGAUUGGAAUAACUUCCCUGCCGUAGCCGAUAAGUUCGAUCGAGUGGAUAAAGUUAUUGAAAUGCAUGGUCAUAUUACAGGGAUGGCUUUGAGCCCCGAUCAGAGAUAUUUAUAUGUAAAUGUUCGCGCUUGGCCGCAAGGAUACGUCAUAACCGACUACAUUCAUCCUCCGCCAAUUGCUCAGGAGAUCGAUAUUCAUGUUAUCGAUUUAAAACGAAUGACACUGGUCGGGAAAACAUAUCGUGCGCAUAAAGCUUUCACCGGAAACAUUGAAUGUUUCUUUAUAUUUUUAAGUGUAUCUGAUGACUAUGUUGCGAGUGGUGCUGAGGAUCGCCAUGCAUACAUUUGGGAUCGAUACUACGGAAUGUGCCUAGCAAAAUAUCCACACGAGGAUGUAGUGAAUAGUGUAGCGUUCAGCCCUAAAAGCAGUGAUUUGCUCAUCACGGCGAGCGAUGAUCACACAAUCAAGGUAUGGCGAUCCAGGGCUACUGCUAAAAGUCUAAAUGUUGAAAUAUUAGGCGAAGCUGCGGAAUUCAGGAAGAAAAAGCAUAAGUAGGAAUUCAAAAUAUGAACUAGAUGAACUUGUAUCAAAUCGAAUUAUAUUAUAAAUAUUAAACGAAAUGUGCUGUUUUACGAA